AUGCAUACCAGUUCUCAAAUCGCGAUCGAACUCCUUUCCAGCUUAAAGUCUAUUUCUUACGCUUGCGCUGUGCUCACUCCUCUCCCUGAUGGCUACGUGAAUUAUGUUUACCUUGGAAAGCUCGUGUCUGCUCUCCCAAUCACUCCGCCGACAACACAGAUCAUUGUCAAGCACGCUGAGCCCUUUAUCGCUGCCAAUUCUGCCUGGAAGUCGCCGGUAACCCGAAUCCGUUACGAAGCUCUCAUGCUCUGA